GAGAGUACACAUUCGACGAAGAAAAAAGUUACUGAAGCAUUGUAAUGAACCAAACCCGUUUUUGUUUCUUUUAAUUGCGUUAUCACCUCCUUCUUCACUUCUUUUUUUCUCUCUGGCUCGGAACUAAAAUCUCAAUCUAUAUAUUCAAAAGAAACUCAAGUGCACAAGAACAUGGAUCAAAACCAACAUGGUCAACCAGCAAGAGGGAUUAGUCUUUCAACAAGAGAAGCACGUGGGAAAAACCCCAUGAUGGAAGCUACCAAUCCUCCACCUCAGGCAACUAAUACUUGUAUACCUCCACCAUACCCAAUACAACAACAAUAUGCUCCCCAUUACAUGUAUGACCCACAAGAAGACCACUUGCAACAUCAACUCAACAAUUGUUGGGCUAGACUGUGUCAAGAAAUUGAAGAGACCACCGACUUCAACACUCACAGUUUGCCUUUGGAUAAGAUUGAGAAAAUCAUGAAGGAUGAUGGGGAUGUGCACAUGGUAUCAGCUGAGGCUCCUGUGUUGUUUGCUAAGGCUUGUGAGCUGCUUAUUCAUGAGCUCACAAUGAAGGCUUGGGUUAAUGCUGAUAAGAGUAAAAGGGACUUAAUUCAGAAGUGUGACAUUGAAGCUGCAAUUACAAAUACUGAUGAGUUUGAUUUUCUUGCUGAUGUUGUCCCCAUAGAGCAUGUAGGCAUAUCAAGAAGAGACAUUGAUCCAACUCAGAUUGUUCCUUACUAUUACAUGCCACCUCAUCAGCAUGUUAUAGGCCCACCAUUUGAUGCUCCAUAAAUGGUCAUCAGAAGACCCCUUCUUGAUCAAAAAUACCAUGGACAACCUACCCCCAACAACAAAACACAAUCAUUCUUCUGAUUUGGAUGAUUGAGGAAAUAAUAGGCACUUGGUGAAAAAUAUGGUAAUUAAGGAUCUUGCGUUUGGUCAAUAUUUUUUAGCUUUAAAUAAUUAAGACCUUUAUUUGCUUUUAGCCUUUCCUUAAUGGUAUGUUAAAGGUGAAUUUAGUAGUGUUGUGUUUAUAUAUAUAUAAACACAAAUAUAGGUAAGGUGUAUUUUUGUCUUUUUUUUUUCUUCUUCAACUUUU